AGUCAUCCCAUAGUAGUCUUUAUGGCGAGGUGAAAAGCCUCAUUUAGGGAGAUAUUUCUUACUGUACUUGAAUUAAUAUCCACUAUUUCUCUUCAUUAUUGCGGAAUUUGAACGCUGAAUGAUUUAGUAGUUCCUCUAGCUACAGAAUUAUGCUUCUUGAAAGCGACGCACCGAGGUAAUGGCGGAUAAACGGAAGCUUCAAGGUAUGAGACGAAGUGUACUGGCUUUCAUGGCUAUUUUUGAUCUGCGGAGUUUUUCGCGAACUUCCUUUUACUUCACUUCUUGUCUAUUUUUAGGGGAAAUUGACCGUUGCCUUAAGAAAGUCACAGAAGGCGUAGAAACUUUUGAAGAUAUCUGGCAAAAGGUAUCUGGCAAAGUUACAAGUCAUAAAAUCUAACAAACGUGAUUGUGAUGCUAUUCUCAGCACGUUUAACUCACUUUAGAUUAUUCCAAAUUUUUACGCAUUCUUCCAGGUUCACAAUGCUACAAAUGCGAAUCAGAAGGAAAAAUACGAGGCAGAUCUUAAGAAAGAAAUCAAGAAAUUGCAGGUUUGUUUCUUCUUUCCUCUUGUACAAUUGCAAGCUAUAUAAAUAAUAAGCUUACUUGAUAUACAGUUGUGCACCCUAUAUCAUAUCCACUUUCGGUUUGCCGCCAGUUUUUAAUUUCAAAUUAUUUUCGCCUCUUUUGCAGCGGUUGCGAGACCAAAUUAAGACAUGGAUGGCCUCGAACGAUAUCAAGGAUAAGCGAACUCUCCAGGAUAAUAGAAAGCUCAUCGAGACGGUAUAAUUUCAUAAUGUAAUCUUGUUGUUAACUUAAUUCAAAAUGGCGUUCAUUAAUCGGCGCCAUUUUGUGACGCUUAAUGUUUAUAGAUUGUACUACUUUGGCGAGAAUUAACUCAGUAUGUAACUGAUUGUUUAAUUGUAUUACCUGAAAAAUUCUUGUGGAUUACAUUGCUGUAAAGUGGAUACUGUCUCAUUGUUUGCUUGUUAAAUGUUUUGUGUUGUAGCAAAUGGAGAGGUUUAAAGUUGUUGAGAGGGAGACAAAAACAAAAGCUUACUCAAAAGAAGGUAAAAUAAUUUAAGUUAAUUUAUUAUUUCAGGUGCUUGAAACAUUCUUCAUUUCACCUGCACUGAUAUACCUCUGAGAUUCUACAUUCUCAAUUUUGAGAGACACAGGGCAUUUACUUUGUUAUUUGUUAGUUGGCUAUUUGCUGUGAAAUUCUUGAAAGGGAAUACUGACAACAAUAAGUAAGGAUGAGAAUCACGCAGCUAUCAAUAUUAUUACCAAUUACCUAAUGGCCUGGUUUCCGAGAUCUCGUCUUACCACUGAUUCCUUUGUAAAAUUUAUGAUGUGUUCAUAAGAGAGGGCGUGCUGGCUCUGUUCCCGAGAUCUCGUUUCUCGUAUGGAAAAUCCUGCCUUAUGAACACUUCAGCCUGGUUACUGGGAUGAAAGCAGGUUGAAUUCUUCACAACAGCGCAUUGCUGGAUGGCAUCAUGUUGCUUUGCGUGUUGUAUUUUUCACAUUGCAAGCAUCCCAUUUAACUACAGUGGUAUAGCUGUAAGAGUUGCCAAAGCUAUGAUGGGCACAAAUUUGGUUUCUCAAAUUUCAUGCGACAAGUUAUCCCUAGGACCUUUGGCCUUUCUCACCUCUUAAACUGAACUGAAAUUUCUCAUAUGAACCCAAGGUGAAAUUGGUCACGGUAACCAGGCCAGCUUGGUCAAUCGGUCUUAUGUGAAGAGGCCCUUAGAGCUCUGCAAGUUGUUACAAGGCGAUAACCUUGUUAGCCAUUUACCAUGCAACACAUGAUUUUGUGAAGUCCAAGAUAACAAAGGGUAUUUACCGUUAUAUUUAUGGGUAUCUUUGACUGAAAAAGACACAACAAACAUUGUGCAAGUGCAUCUAAAUAAAAAUGUGAUUACAAUGAUAUUAUUCAUCAUAAAGAUCAUGUGUAUUCAUUAGGAGCUUGUUAUCAUUUGUUUCAUGGUAGUCACAUCUUUUUCUGAUUGAGAUUGAUAAGAAUGCAACUAUUGUGAGACAAACUAUAAACAAGCCUAUCAAAAUCAGUUUUAUAUAUAGAUCUGUACAUCUUACGUGUAUGUUGACAUGUUCAAACUGUCUUUACUCUAUCACAUCUUUAUGACUUUUAAUUUUCCCAAAUUGUCACAGCUCAAGACUAGAAACUAGGGUUAAUGAUGAAUUUCCAAGGCUAGUCACAAUAACCCGGUGAUAUUGUGUGUCUGUUGUUCUAGUACUACUAAGAAAUUUUCUACCGUCUUCUCACUUGUGAUGUUGCUAUUGACAGGCCUUGGACUUGCCACUAAGAUAGAUCCAGCUACAAAAGAGAGGGAAGAGGCCAGGAUCUGGAUAACUGUAAGAAUACUUUUUUUGGAGUAAAUAAGUUUUGUGGUAGUUUUUUUUUUAUAUGAAAUGGACUUAUAAUGUCUCAUUAAAUAGUGCACAUUUAUACAUGUACAUGUGUCCGUAACGAUUUUAUUAGUCAUGUGUGUGUUUCAUUAUAGAUGUCUUCAUUAUUAUGGAGUUAAAGAAAAAAUAAUGGUGCUUCAAUGCUUGUUUAUUUCUUCAAAAUGUUUUAUAAUGUCAAACAAAUAUUCAGUCAAAUUUCUGUGAAUUAUAUACUAAUUUAGUUAAUAAUGAAAUCCAUGUCAUAGUACUUUGAUUUAUUUUUAAUGAGGCAAAUGAGUUUAUUAUGCACAUGAGGUUAGGCACAAGAAUGUCAUGAGACCUCUUUACUUUUUUGGGAUCAUCUGUGUCAAGUUACAGGCCUUGGUACGGUACUGCUUCUAAUAAGCUCUCAUACAUUUUGUCGGCUCUUAAAGGUUGCUCAAGGACCAAGAUAAAAAUUUGGCUAAUAAGACUGUAAAUACUAGCUAGACUUGGAUAAGCCCAUAUGCUUCAAUGCUUACAGGUUGUGUUUGUAAAUAACAUGUAGCACAGGAAUCGACUCAAGGCUCAAGAAGCUACCUUCUUGAAGUGUCAAAUCAUUAGUUUUCAUUUCAACUUUGGAUGUGCAUCACGCUUUUUUUGAGGACGGGAAUGCAAAGCAACAAAUUAACUUUUUCUUUUCUUAAACUUUGAUGUAAUCCUUUAGAAUUCAACUCCAGCGAAAAUUGCCAACAUUUGAUAAAUUGAACGAGAUGGAAUAAGCGUGAUUAAGCUUGAAACAAUGAGACUUCACUCUUUUUAAGUGACGUUUUAGUAGCCGUUGCCAUCAUUGUUACUUAAGCUCCAUAUUUAAUCCUUUUGGUAUUUAGUUCUGGGCCAAUAGCUCCUUGAAAUUAGUUUUGUCAACACGAAACUUCUCUUACAACUGUUAGUUCCACAAAGGUGUAGUAGCCCGUUAUAUAUGAAACAUGCACAACUAGCAAGCUGUGGGGAGGGGAGGGGACCCAAAGCUGGGUUAUAGAAGAGAAUGAUGGACCACAGUUGCAUUGGCAUCUGCUUGUAUUGCCUCCUAACAGUAGAACUGCUAUACAUAGAGUUCGAGUAAUGAAAAUUUCUUACAUCAUUGUUUUUUCCUUUUCUUUUCUUUUCUCACUGCAGGAAGUUCUGGAUAGGCUUCAAAUAGAGGUAUGCUCUAGUUUCGCUGAUGGAAUGAUGAAUUUGAUCAUGAUGCAUCACUAGUUGUUUAAGUUUUUUGUGUGUGUGUGUGUGCACAUGUGUAUUUGUUAUCUUUUUACAUUUGCAUUCCCAACCUGGGAAAAAUGGACAAGUUUUAAUUCUUGCUACUCUGAUUCCAUCGCUCUUAUGACUCAUCUUACAUGUCUGAUUUUUUUAUUUUCAUUGGGCCAUAAGCCCUCUUGCGACUCUGCUCAUGACUCUAGCACCCAACUUCAUCACCAGUGGAAAUCAGCCUUAAUAACUGGGCACCAAGAUUUUAGUUAGAAGGGUGUCCUUUGUAUUCCACUGUACGGAAAAUUCAUGGAAAAACUUAGUACAUGUAUCUUAGUAUAAUUUUUAUGGUUAAAACAAAUUGCCUUCUAGAUAAAUAUUAUGUUGUACCCAGUUUUAAAUGUCUGACUUAAAGAAUGCUGGACCCUCUAGUUUAAUUUAGUAGUGGCAAAGUAAUACAGGAGAAAAUGUUACGUGCCAAUGUAACAUUCUCUGUUGUUUUGAUCAAAGGUGGACCAGAUUGAGUCAGAAAUAGAGCAAGUUUACGCAGGAUCACGGAAGAAGAAGCUUGACAGAGAUGUAAGAUUUGUACUAAUGAGGAAAAAAGUACAAAGGUCGAAGAUAUUACCAUUAAUUGAUAGUCCAUGAGGACAUUUGUUAUUACACAUUAUAAAAACCUUGGUUAAAAUAAUUUAUUUUACUUUUAUUUUAUUCAGUGCUUUAUUCUUUGAUAAAACUUGAAAGAAUGUUUUUUUGUUGUUGUCAGGAACAUCAUUUUGCAUUACAGUACCACUCAAGUUGACUGUAUUAAAAGUGGUUGUAGAAAAUCAAAGUGAACUAAAUUUUAUCUUCCUUGUUUGUACAGAGGCAGGAUAAGGUGGAUGAACUGCAAGAAUGGGCAGGCAAGCAUCGACACCACAACCAACAAUGGGAGGUGAGAUUGCUAUUCCUCAGUCAUGAUUUAAUAUAUUGGGCAUUUUCUUAGGCUUUCUUGUAUAAUCUCUUAGAACCUCUGAGUUGACUGUAUGAUGUUCUUAUGUGUAUGUUUUACAGUAUGUUUGACUAUGGGGAAGUUUCCAAAAAAAUUUAUGGUUUAGAAAAUUGGCAUUCUAUUGUCUGAUGUAACAAAAGUAAGAACAUAAAGUACUUGUAGAACUUCUUACCCCAGUUCUUUAGAACAUUCUUGUUCUUAAAUGUCGUUUGAAGUUUUACUGCAAUGUUUGAUUUUUUUUUUUUCUUCAGACUAUCCUUAGGAUGCUGGACAAUGGCACAAUAGAACCUGAUGAUGUAUGUUUUUAAUUAACUCAUUGAGAUAACCUGUAAGCAAUAAAUUUAAAUGUACUGUGACAGUACAGUGUAAUAAAAAAAAAAUGACUACAUUUCUGUAGGCUCAAUAAGCUGGGUUGGUACAUGUAGAUCACUGGUCUGUCAAGUGAGAUGUCAUACAACCAACCAGAGUCAGAGUCAAUCAGAGUCAACCAACCAGUGGUGUAGUGGGUGAUGACAUUAAGCCACUGGUCUUGUCUCCUUCAUCCGUCACAUAAAGUGAAUGCAAAAGUACUCUUGCUGCCGUUCAAAAAGGGCAGGGGUUAGAGAGCACUGUAGUGUAUGGCUAGGGGUUCUUAUGGACCCAUACUAUUUUACACAAGUGGUGUGUUGUCUCUUAUAGUACUCAUUAAACCUGAUUUCUUCCUUUACAGAUUAAGAAAUUACAAGAUGACAUGGAUUAUUACCUAGAAUGCUACAAGGUAUUUUUUUUAGAAAAAAAAAUACAAAAUACACGCAAUAUAGAAGACAUCAAAAAGCAAAAAUAUUAAGUUAAAACUAUUAAAGUGUACAAAAUGUUAACUCAAAUUCAUUUAAUUAAUUACAAAAUAAUUAAGAUUAUGCUUAAAAUAAUAUUUACAUUCAUGGAUUGCCUGGCUAAGAGAGUUAAAAUCCUUGAAAACAUGAAAAAAAACAUUGUAUGCCUUGGAAAACAAGAGCGUGGGGAAAUAAAUUAACUCUUAUUUGGUUAUGAAAUUUCCAGGGUCAUUGAUUCAGUUUUUUAUUGUUACUGAAACAAUAAGCUGUUCUCUCUUAAUGUGUGUUUCUUUGGACGAUUCCAAACUUAGAUUCUUAGUUUAGAAUUAAUUUUGGAUUUGCUACAACUAGAGAAUAAACAAGAGAUCUUUAAAAUGAAUUAAAACAUGGUGAGCCUUGGGAAACUAUCAGGUGACCCUUUGUCUGGUCCUUUUCCAAAAAAAUACUCAGGUCUAGAUUUAGAUUCACUGAGCAUGGAUUCUUUAGAUUCAAAAUCCACUUAGGGAUUUUAGUAAAGAAAUGUGAUGUCUUUUUUUGGAGUCAAGAGCCUGAUUUUUUUAUUUUUCCCCAAGCAACAUACCAAAUGUUAGUGAAGUAAUGAGAUUGAAUUUUGCAGGAACCUGACUUUCAAGAGAAUGAGUACAUGUAUGAUGACCUGGACCUUGAAGUUGAUAUAGCAUCCGGUAAGUAUUCUUUUUUAUUAUUAUUUUUUCUUUCCUGAGGUGUUAGUCUCCCAUGCAGCCGUUAUUUACAUCGUCACACAAUGUCUCACCUCGCCUGCUCCCCCUCCCUGGCCCCACCAUGUUAUGUGAGGAGCAUGGAGUUUUUCAUGGUGAGACAAAAAUAAAUUGUGUUGUGAUAGUUUCAACAAAAUGGCUGCUGUGCAUUCACCAUGCAGUGGUUUUCAAGGCCAAAAUUCUGCAUUUCAAGGUUAAAUACUCUCUUUUAAAACACACAAAUAAAAAAGGAGAGUUCUAAAGAACCCUUGUUUUUCUUUUUGUGGACAAGGAAAGCUUUUAUUAGAAAAUCAUCCUUGGAGAAAUUCAACCUUGUUUUCAUGGCGGAGCAGGUACAAAUUUUUUGAAGAAUUUCCAGGUACAUUUUGUACACCAUGGUCAUAACUUGUCUUUUCUUUGCAGUGAAUGCUCUGGCAACAUCACCAGAUGAUGAUAUGGAUCUUAUUCUUAAUCAUGUGCCUUUGUCACCAAGUUCUACGAUACCUCCAAACUCACCUGGCACACCCGGCACACCUGGCACACCUGUAACACCAACAACACCAGUGACGCCUGGAGUAGGCACUAAAAUUAGUCUGGUAAUAGUAAUUCAGACAUGUUACUGAAUCUUGGUAAAAAGAUAAUAUUAUUAUUAACUAAUACCUAUUAUUACUAGCUAAUAGCUUAAAUUUUAUCUCAAUACUGGAAUUGGCGGCUACCAGAUGUGCUGGAUUUGAGUCAUCACUCAGUUUUGCUCAUGAAAAAGUUGCCUUUUAAACUGGUUUUGCUAUCCAUUUUCUUCAUCAGAACUCACCCAGGAAGAAUUCUAAGAAUGGAUCCUCUCAAGGUAGUAGUAGUAGUUCACCACCUCGGACGUCUUCAUUGAAAACCAAUAGCAUAGGCCAGCAGUCAUUCACGCAAGCGUCAUCAGCAACAAUUUCAAGUCCAGUCAUCAUUAAAGCUAGUGAGUGCAGUGUCUAUUGAGUUCUUUUUUUUUUAGUUGUUCUGUUUUUCUCUGGAGCUUGUCUUAAGUUUUUCUUUAGUUUUUAACUUGUUUUUGUGGUUGUUUUUUCUUUAGGUAAUACACCAGCUAAAGUAGUUAAGUGAGUAUCUGUUGAGUUAACUUUUAUUCAAUUAAAGAUUGCUAAAUUUUAGCAUUCUGAUCUUUGUGAUCUUUUUUUUUCCUAAGUUCAUUCAGUUUUGUUUGCCUAACAAUCUACGGUCACUGCUCUUCUUUAUUAGUGCUGCUAUGAAAUAUAAUUUUUGCAGACAUCAUUUCUAUCUAAAGCCCCUUUUUUUGACUGGAUCAAAUUACUUAUUAUUUCAUAUUAUUUUAUCAGACAAUUUGGAGUCAGACUGGUUCUGAUUGUCCAGACUUCUGCUGCACAACAUAUGCAACUGUGGCUGUAAAUGCCAUUAUCUAUGUGGGCAGCAAUGAGAAUUUUACAACUCAACUGUCUCUUGGGGUGUAAUGUGCAGAUUCUUGGUACUUGAAAGUUUAUACAACAGGAGGAAAAUUUUCUAUUUUUUGCCUUGUUUAUUCUUUUGUUAUAGUUCAAUGAUGCAUCCCAAUGCCUUUGAAAAUCAUGAAUCCAGUAAUGGAGAAGAGCAGUCACUUAAGACUCCUCCACCAAACACUCCUCCACCGCCCGUGUCUGGGUAUGCGGUGGCUGCCAGUGCACAGCAGAACCAUGUGGACAGUGGACCAGUAUCACCACCGGCAUCUGCUGUAACGUCAAGAUUAGUGAAUCAUGUCUCCUCAGCAGCACCAACGAUACCCAAUAGCAUAUCAAGACUUGCGUCAUUGGCUGGAAAUAGUACAGACCAGUCUGUGCAGAGCAACCACCUUCCUGGUAAGUUGAUUAUGGAAAUGAAAGCCGACAACAACAACAACAACAACAAAAAUGAUAAUAGUAAAAAUAAUAAUAACUAAAGGUAAGGGAGUAUGGGUGAGAUUGACGGAAAUGCUCUUGUGCCCACACUGUGCUUUACGUAAAUUUUGAGCAUGAGUGAUAGAAGGUCCAAAUGAGCAUGCUCAGAUUGCAUUCAAUGCAUUCCAUUAUUUCUCGUUUAAAGUCCAAGCAAAUGCUAGCUACACACGUGCCCUGCAUGUGUACAUACAUUCAGCACAUGGGUAAAAACAAACCUGUUGAUUAGGAUUGUGUGCUUGGUCUUUGCCUUCCUGUUAGACAGUGAAUGACCAUUUUGCAGGUUAUAAACUUUCGUUCUCUUAAAUUUUUGCAGAAACAGAAAGCAUCCCAUCAAGCAUGUCCGAUUUUGUGUCAUCCAUUGCAUCCCUUUCCAUCACAUCUCCUCCAACGAUAUCAACAGCAACACAACCAUCACAGCCAAACUCAAUGCCGCAACCAUCUCCAGGUCUUAGUUCUGUGAUAGGAAUCAAGCCUGCAACAUCCUCAGUGGUACCGACACCUGUACAGUCUGUUUCAACAAGCCUGACAUCCUCUGCGCCUCCAAGUUCUGUCCCUUCAUCUGUUCAGUCGUCAGAUCUUAGUGGCUUUAACUUGUCGAUGCCUCCUCCUAUGGUGUCCAAUUCCAGUUCCGUGUUGUCAAACUCUACAGUUUCAAUGGGAGAACCUUUGGUGCAUGUACCUUCGUCCAAUCCACCCACAUCAAUUUUGAAUGGUUCCCAUCUCAUGUCUAACACAGGAGUGAGUCAGGUAUUUGUAGCAGUACAGUCGACUCUGUCCUAACAGACACCUCUAUAAGACCGACACCCUGCAUUCUUUACUCCCUUUCUUUGACUCUCUACAAGACCGACGUCACUCUUGACGGACCUUUAGUGCCAGUCCUAAUGGUACCCUUCAAGAGAGAGUCCACUCUAUGGGUUUUGUUAAUAGACACUGUUUUUGGCAUAGUGAAUUGUGAAAUUGUACACUUGUACACUGUAGACCAAACCUUUUCUCAGUUCCUUUUUAUUUGAUUACCGAUGCAUUACCUUUCUAAGUAAAACGCUGAAUAAGAUAUCAUAGACCCCAUACAGAGAGAAUUUUCUGGCAUGUUAUGUUUACUUCAAAAAUCUAGUUAAAUUGACUUCUUCUCUUCAUAUUUUUUUUCAACAGGCCUCAACAUCAAAUUCAUUUUCAUCACUGAAGUCGAUAGCAGCACAAGCAGUAGCUACAGCAGGGUUGAAUAAUCCAAUCUCUGCACCAACAGACUACAGUGCAGAAAGCAGAGGUGAAGAUUAUUAUUUUAUUAUUGAGAAAUAAAUGUCAAAUUUCCCAAAAUGACGUCUUACACAUGAAAUUUUUAGAAUUUUACUUGUGUUUUCACAAUUCUUUGUGAAAUUUGACAUUUAUUUUCUCAGGCUCCCACGAGAAAUAGUCUUCGGUGUUAUUAUAGAUAACUAAUUAUAUCUAUAGCCCUUGAAAAAUGUAAAAAAGAAUGCGACAUUGUUUAAAUUAUUCUGGUACAAGGCUUUUGUCCUCUGCAAAUUUAAAUUACUCAAUUUCCUGAUGGAUUCCGUCUUCACCCCUUGCACUGUCAGAAGGGGCCAAAGUCAAAUGUAGAAUGUAACUUCAAGUCAUAGCAAAAGAAAACUCCAUAUUUCAUUUCACCGAGUUGAUCAUAUUCAACCUGACUAUCAUCCUUACAGUGCAACCACUGUAACUGGGGCCACCUGGACAAAGUUGACCAAUCGGAUUACAGGAAAAUAACAACACAUUCCAAGAAAGUUGGUUGUGGGCCAAUCAGCAGCUCAUUAGAAAACAAUAAGUUACUAGAAGCACAAAAUUUAAGUAUUGACAGCAAACGUUUCACACUAAAGCAGAAUGUUUCACCAGACAAUGUUUUUCUAUUUGAAACUAGCACCCCAGAGACAUAUUUGUUUGACACAAGCUGUUAUUUUGUCAUCUACCAGCAAUUUCUUCACUACCAUUGCUGCACUUUACAAUAAAAACAUGCAACCAGGAUAUGACCAACGUUUUCAUUUUUCGCCUCAGUCAACACUAACAGACCUCUCAGGAAACAUAGGCUUUCGUGUCAGUGGGUUCAGAAGGUCACGUCUGUAGUUUGUAAUUGGUUGAUUUCGAUCCAUAUUGUUGAUUUUGUUCUGUGGUAAUAAUGAUUGACAACUAACGUUCUCGGAAUUUAUUGUUAUUUUCCUGUCUUCCAACUGGUCAACUUUGUUAUAGUAGUCGCUCUUUAAGUGUUACCAGCUCUUGACUUUGUCUUUGUCCUAUGACCUUUUAUUGAAUCUUUCUGUAUUUUCAGUUUUAACCCUUUAAGCCCCAAGAUCCAAAGACAAAGUCUCCAGACUUAUCUCCAUACAUUUGUUUUAAGAAUAGUUCAGAGAAUUUGGUUUAAGAUCAAAGCAUUCUCCUCUUUCUCUUAAUGAUCUGCUGUUGUUGUUAGGAGAAAAUUGAUGUUGGUCACUCUUGGGGCCUAAAGGGUUAAAGGGGCGAUGUCACGAGGGUAUUGCUGUUCUAGGUCAAUUCUGUGCUUAUGUCAUAACUUAGUGUCUGCACCCUUACAAAAAAUGCUCCUGUAGAGUUAUUAAGAAGAUAAUGUAAUAAAUAAAUUAAUAAAUACAUAAUAAAUUUUGGGUGAUUUUCGCAGGCAUAGCAUUUAAACUUGAGAAAGUUGUUUCAGUCCAUGUUCAUCCUUGUCCUCCAUUGCAACAGAAAACAGGAAACAGUUUCAAUGCUUAAAUAUACAUGCAGUCUUCAAUAACAAAACUGUUCCUUUAUUUUUGGAAUUCAAUUGAUGCAAAGACAAGUUUCAGCCUUUUAAAAAGAUGGCAAAUAGCGUGACUUAGCCCCUUAAAACUUCUCAUUUCUUUAUCCGUUUUUAGGACUAUUUGAUUCAAGUGGUAGUCAAACAGCAGAUGAGAGCAAAGUAGUUCAAGAGACAAACACAGCACACCUUCAGCCUCUCCUUGGCGUGGCGCCACUGGGUCCUGUACCCUUGAACAAAGAGAGGUGUUAUCAGUUGGCUAUGCUGGAAGCUGCUUACCAUCAUCUACCACUUCCGGCAGACUCAGAGAAAGUCAGGUACAAACACGUUUUGUGGUAAUAGGAAUGUGAUGAAACAAAAAUCAAGGACGUAAGGACCUUGACUUUUCGAUGGCUUUGUGUCAUCAAUUCUUAUCAGAAAUGUGUUGGUGAAUUUUAAGCCAGGUGAUAACAUGAGAAAGAUGUUUAUUCAGUCGUUGACACAGGCAUCUCAGAAGAAAAAAACAGAAUACUCCCAACAGGAGUUGGACCAGAUCAAUUAGGUUUCUGGGAAACUACCCACCUACCCCUCCCCUAAGCCAGCAUUAUGACUUACUUCUCACUUAGGGCAAAAUGUUGGUUUAGGGGAGGGGUGGUUGGGCAGUUUCCCAGAAACGUAAAAUUGUUCCGUUAAACCUAUGACUUUCUGGUACAAACUAGUCAAGAUGCUCUAUCACUAAGCUGCAGGAGACGUGGGAGUUCGGUCUUUUCGAUACAAAGUCUUUUCGAUACGAACUCGAGCAGUGAUAUUGCACAAAAAUUUCGAUCACUUCAAGUAUAUAGUUUGCGGGUGAACAUGCAAAACAUUUCGGGUGAAUAUUCUUCAUUCUUUAAGCCAAGUACCUGGAACUAUUUACACCUGAACUGAAUAAACUUGUAUCAAAACGACUUUGUAUCGAGAGAACGUAAACCGGGACAUGUGGAAGUUUAGUUACUUUCCUGGAGAUUAUAUUCUUUUUAGCUCUGGUGGCUUUCUGCAUGAUUUGAAACUUUUGAUGAAAUAUCACAGACAACCCACAGUACACGUACGCAGAAAGAAAAUGUUAUCUUGUUUGUUCACCUUCACCUAGCCUUUAAUGUAAGCAUAAUUCAUUCGGGCAAGCAAGCGCUUAUUGAUCGCUAUCCUUGAUGCAAAGUCGUCUUCAGUGCAUUUGUGUAACUGGCUAUAUAGAAUGAACUCAUUGUUCAGGGAAACUUAGAAGACUUGUUUUGAUCCCUACAAACUGUAAAACACUCACAAACAAAUCACCUCUAUUAAUAUUAUCUCAAGCUUGCGAGUACAGUGACAUAGGCGACUCAAAAGAAAAAAUUUGAUGUUCUUGUGUUGUUUAUUGACAGGCAUUGUUUACCACGUAAUCCCUACCCUACACCCCCUCACCAUCAUCAACAUCCCCCACAACAUGUAGACUCUAUAGAAUUUUUCCAGAGAUUGUCAACAGAGACGCUGUUCUUCAUUUUCUAUUACCAAGAGGUAAGUAUCUGGUGUUCUUUGAAGUAGGAGGCUAAAAAAGGCUGCUCAGUCGUGCCUUAGUUAUGAGGGUGAAUUAAGUCCCCAAAAAUAUGCUCACAGAGCUUUACAGGCAUAGAAAUAACUUUUUUGGAGAACCAAGGGGCUUGAUAUUUCCGAUUAGGUCACUGGUUUAGUCAGACAAAGAAGAAAUUCGCGGGACGUACAUUAACUAUGUUGAAUUUAAAUUUCUUUUAUUGCUAUGCAAAUCUUCAGCAUUAAUAAUUAUAAUGGUCGUCAGUAUUGCUAUUAAUUUUUGAUCUGUCUGGUUGUGGUGCCUGGCCGCAGGUUACAUUUGCUCUCACACUAGGCAGAUGUUAGUCAAAUGUUAGACAAUAUCCCAUGAAGAACUGUUAUUUCAACUCUGGUUUCGCAGCUUCUUUUAUGCUCUUUGGAAUUAGGAGUUUUGUGUGUAUGAUAUUGCCUAGUCCCUAGGCCUCAUUAUUCCUUCUCGGCCAAUUCGUUUCGGGUCACGUCGUCCGAGCGAUAAGUGAGGCCGUUUCUAGCCCGUACGCCUCGGAUACGAGAAGGCCUGGGAAAACGCCGUGCAGGGACUAGGCAAUGUAUGAUUCUGACUGACUACUCCUAAUUGCAACAAUCUAUUUUUUUAAAUAGAAAAAUGAAAACAAAAAAGAGAACGGAAAGAAGCUAAAUAGGGAUAAAUUAGGCACCCCCACUACAUCCAAGGGUCUGGUCUGUUGCCAAUGAUAAAGAAAAAUUUAGUUACGUUCUCUUAUCUCAGUUGAUGUCAAUUUUUUGAAGUAUUAUACUGCAUAAGUGUUUUCAGGGUUAUCAUUAUUUUUUUUCUUUUUCUUGUUUUUGUUUUUCCUUGUUUGUAAGACAACGCUUUUACAGUUAGAAACUUCAAGUUUGUCCUUUUAAGGUUACGCUUGCUUUAAUCAGCAAAAUGACAGAAAACAGUAGUCAAUUCUUGUUAAUAUUUAUUUCAGGGAACAAGAGCACAGUACCUAGCAGCGAAAGCGUUGAAAAAACAGUCUUGGAGAUUUCACACUAAGUACAUGAUGUGGUUUCAAAGACACGAAGAACCCAAAGCUAUUACGGACGAAUAUGAACAAGUAGGAUUACCUUAAUCACUAAAGUGGGUUUAUUUGUAUCCUUGUAGUGUUCUGGGACGGGAGUGUUGUUAGAAGGAAUUUGGACAAUUCCAAAUUGAUUAGGUGUUUGGUUGAUUGAUCAAUUGAUUCAAUCAUUAAUUCGUUGAUUAAUUGGCUGAUUGAUUUGUAUCUUUAUUGCGUUCUUCCUUUCUUUCUAUGCCGUUAUAAAAGGGACAGUGUCCCGAUAAUGCGCACAUAAGGGAAGAAGGAACAAUAUUAUCAUUGAUCUGUAAUUCUGAGAAGUUUUAGUGUAGCAUCGAACUCGGCCAAGCGCGAUGCAAACGGAUCUUCUCAAGGUUCUCUUACACCCCGCGCAUCUUUUGAAUUCCCGACAUCCUGUUAGAAAAUCAAAGGCUGGUACAUGCGUAGUAACGUAACGGGAUACUGUUCCUUUAAUUGCUUCUUAUAAGCUCCCCCAGCCCCCAUUGAUAGGCCCAUCUAUCUGUAAACCAAACACAUACAAAAACAAUACAUACGAUCAGACCUCCCCCCCCCCCCCCCCCCCCCCCCCCCCCCCCCCACCCCCCCCCCCACAUCUCACACAACAUUUUCUCUCUCCCUUUUGCCUCCAGCACUUCUGCUGUCCAAAACUCUUUUUUUUUUCCCUUUUUUUGUUUUGGUUUUGGAGUGGUAAUACCGCUCUAGUGAUUUCUUUUUUUUUUUUAUGUUUCUGCCACCCCGCCCACCCUCUCCCCCCCUCGUCACCCCCCCCCCCCUCUCAUCUGUUGUUGUUAAAAAAAAAAAAAAAAACAAAACCCCACCCCGAUCUCACAAAAAAAAGACAAAAAAAAAGAAGGGGGGAAGGGGGGGGGGGUGGGGGGGGGGGGGGGGGGGGGGGGGGGGGGGUCUCACCUCAGCCCCCUCGCGUUUUCUGCAUUGGUUUUCAUGAUAACUGCACGUGACAAUUUUGGAAUAGCCUGAAAUAUUUUCAACUGGUGAAUAAGGCUGAAAUUCAGGCUAGGCUUGGAGGUUAAAUUAAUUAGCUUGACGUAAACAUCAUUAAAAUUGUGAUGAAUUUUAUUGAUAUUGUUAAAACAACGAUUUUUUUUCAAUUUUGAAAAUAUGUACAUAGUUGACAGAAAUAUUUGAAGUAAGAAUUAAUACAACAUUAAGGAUUAUAUAAAUCAUAAAGUACAAUCACUGAGUCAAUAACGAUUUCCCAAAUACAUUCCUUGCGGCUCAGAUACGAUCAAUAACACUUACAGGCAGUCCAGUGUGUUAAAUUAAGUCAUGAAAAAAGAAAAUUAUCCGUCUCUGAUAUCAAGUCACUGGUUUGGUCGAUAUAAAGAACCUCUAUAUAACGUAUUCCUCGGUAUAUCGAACAGAUUUCUUUACCUCAGUAAUAGUAGGAUAGAUGUAAAAGAACCUCGAUAUAUCGAAACUUAAUUUUGCCAGUCUCUUGGCCCUUCGGUAUAUCGAGGUAAGAAGAUCUGGGUUAGCCCAUCGCCUCUUAGGUUCUCAAAGGCAUUAAUAAUUCCUUAAGAAAAUACAAAGGAAAUUAAUGUUUAUAAUGAUUGUUUGGAAAUCAGAUGAAAAAAUGCUCAUUUUUGCAACCUUUCUCCUUCUAAAAUCAUUUUGUUUGAUAAGUAAUAUCACGCAUUCGAGACAGUGUUUCAUUACCAGAUGAAACACCUCGAAGUUCGUCAAAAAUACUGCGCUGCGCGUCGUAUUUUCAAUUCUCUUCUCAGUGUUUCAUCUGGUGAUAAAACUACCCCCCCCCCCCCCCCCACCCCGACCCCGCAUAUGAGCCCCACCCAAAUUUAUUGAAAUGGAUUUGGACUUCCGGUUGACGUCACAGCGUCUGUCGCUCAAAAAUGCUGUUGUUUAAGCUCCUUAUUGUCGAUGGGUUGAACUGGAAAUGCAUCCUAUCAUUCAUUCAUUUUCUGACUUUGGGUUCUGUCCUUUCAGGGAACUUACAUCUAUUUUGACUAUGAAAAAUGGGGCCAAAGAAAAAAAGAGGGCUUCACAUUUGAGUAUAGAUACCUCGAAGACAAGGAACUGCCUUAGAGGAUCGUAAAGAAGGGUCAAUAACCAGGCGUGGUCUAAAUCGCGAGACACAAACCUCAAGGAUAAAAACCAAACAACAAAUGGCACGUAACCUAUGCGUGCGAGGCACGUGCUAGCAACGAAGAGGACGUGAGAGGAAAAGGUUGCGACACUCGUGCAGAUUUUUUUUACCGGCAGUGUCCAUGUUGGGUUAGUUUGAAGGGAUUAACGGAUCUGAUCUUGACAGCUCCGUUCGACCUCGUCUGUUUUAUGAACACUGGCUUGUUUAUAAUUGUAAAUAUGAAUGCUAGCUCUAACAAUUCCGUUCAUUAAAAAAUUGAAGC